UGGUUCUCUAUAGUUAACUCUGCAUAAUAGCCGCUAGUGCAGACCUACCGGAUUAGAAAUAUAUAAGCAUCUCAUCUCGCCCGGUAGCUUACCGAUUACAUCAACCUUCUCCCGACUAGACUCGCACAGUAUACAUCCACCAGGAUCAUGGCAACAGAAAAGUCACCAGCAGCGGAGAUUGCUGCAUCACUCCACGAUGGCAAGGUACAUCUACUUCUGGCUGCAACGGGCUCUGUUGCCACAAUAAAGCUACCACUUAUCAUUGCGGCAUUCGCAGAUCAUCCGAAUAUCUCAAUUCGGGUGAUUCUCACCAAAGCUGCCGCUGAGUUUCUUCGUGCUCAAUCAGAGGAACAACCUUCGGUAGAAUCACUCUCAUCGCUUCCUAACGUCGACUCGGUCCUCCAUGAUGAGGAUGAAUGGUCUCAGCCCUGGACUCGAGGCUCAGACAUACUACACAUCACCCUCCGUAGAUGGGCUCAUUUAUUAGUUAUCGCCCCACUGAGCGCCAAUUCACUGGCGAAAGUGGUCCACGGAAUGUCUGACAAUCUACUCACGAGCGUUGUACGCGCAUGGGACACGACCGGGUUGAUCGACGGGAGAAAGAAACGGAUACUUGUCGCCCCCGCGAUGAAUACAGCGAUGUGGAUGCAUCCUGUGACAGCACAGCAGAUGCGCGUACUGCAAGAAGAUUGGGGGAUUAAAAAAGUCAAUGGGAAUGAGCAGGGCUGGUUUGAAGUCCUCCGGCCCAUUGAGAAAUCGCUCGCGUGUGGUGAUGUGGGGUCCGGCGGGAUGAUGGAAUGGCGGGAGAUCGUGAAGAUCGUUAAGCAGAGAUUGGAUCCUUCUGCUUGAGUUUAGUAUACAUGCCGCCUCUUUAUUCUGUGAUAAUCGGAAUGCAAAAUACUUCGAGGUCUAGCCACGGUAGUGGUAAUUCCACCUAACUACCCUUCUCGACUCAAUGUUACAUCACCAGUCUCGUGUCCGGAAAAGUGCGCCUGCGAAUGGUACGCUGGGGCUAUCCAGAAGUCACUCCGUGCACUUCAUUGGGUAUUGGUAAGAAAGAAUGAAUCACUAAUUCUCAAUCCUUGACAAAGGACUAGGAUCCCUGCUCCCACUUUCACUAGAAGCGCCUUCAUUUCAAUCAUUGUCAUGGCCCC